GUGCUAAAAGGAGCAGCUCCAAAUACAGCUGAGCUAAAGUACACAAGCACACACACAUUUAUAUAUUUAAGAAAAAAGAACAGUUUUGAAAAUGAUGAAGAAACAGUUUAAUCGGAUGUUGCAGUUAGCGAACCAUACUGUAAACAGAAGUGAAAAUUCAGAGCUCCUCAGUGAAGACCUUAUCCAGUUUGAAAACCGGAUUGAACCCACGCGGAGAGCAACCUGCAUCACAUACAAGAGGCUGUUGUCCUGCCUUCACGGUCAGCAGGGUUCUGAUUUUGAUAAGCGCUUGAAAAAGAUGCCGUUGAUGACACUGUCACAGAGCAUGGAGGACAGCAGCAGAGAGUUGGACAACGAGUCUGCCAUUAGGAAAAUGAUGGAGCUCUGUUGUUCGGUCGAAAAUACCUUAGCAAAGGUCCUUAUUGAACACGAACUUCAAGUGGAGAAAGAAGUCCUGGACCCGCUAUAUAAACUCUCAGAGGAGGAACUUCCAAAUAUUCUCAAACACAAGAAGCAGUUGGCCAAACUGACGCUGGAUUGGACGGCUGCCAAGAACCGGCUGAGCCAAGCAACAAAGUCAGGCAACCAGGGAGCUGCUGUCCCAUCAACAACAACUAAAUUGGACUUGCUGAAGGAAGAUGUGGAAGAGAUCUGGAGACGAGUCGAACUGUGUAAGGAUGAAUACGCAGCUGAUCUUUAUCACUUUGCCAGCAAGGAAGAGGAAUACUCCAAUUACUUUUACUCCUUAAUGGAAGCACAAGCUGAUUACCAUCGAAAGUCGCUCAAGGCCUUGGAUGCUGCGAUGCCAACAGUGCGACCCAGCCCCAGUCCCUCAGGUGGUAGCUCUGGGAAGCCGGCCUUUGGACAGCCACUCGAGGAACAUCUGAAAACCUGUGGGCGGGAAAUCGCUCUCCCCAUUGAGGCAUGUGUCAUGAUGCUGCUGGAGAAAGGCAUGAAAGAAGAGGUGUCCUGGUUCAACGGCAGGGACACUACCACUGCAUCACAACAGCCCCUCAGUGAGAAGGAUCUUCCCAAGAAGAUUGAGAGACUGCGAGAAGUUUGCGCUAAGCUACCUCCAGAAUCCUACAAUAAUUUACGGUACCUUAUCAAGUUCUUGGCGAAGUUAGCGGAACAUCAGGAAGUGAACAAAAUGAGUCCAAGUAACAUUGCCAUCGUGCUGGGUCCAAACCUCCUCUGGCCCAGGGAUGAAAGGAAAGUAUCGCUGAUGGACAUGGCGUCAGCCUCUUCCGUCCAAGUUGUCACAGUCAUGGAGCCCAUCAUCCAGAACGCGCACAGCAUCUUCCCAGAAGACUUAGAUUUCAGCGUGUCUGGAAAGUUUGGGCCGAAUUUCCAGUCCUCCACCUGUGCAUCACCAAAACCAGAGAACACCUCGACAGAGCAGGCUCAGAUCAGCCCUGCCCCUGUUAAAGACAUCACAACACAAAGGGAAGAGUGUGUGAACGAGGAGAAUCCCUCCAUUCCACCACCAGUGUCAACUCCCUCCACCUCCAGCAACGAGCCAAGCAUAGUGGAGGCAAGUCCAGCAGUGACUGGAUCCAGCCUGACUGUCACCACCAUCAGCAAGUCACCCAGUCACUCAGGGAAAAAGGCAAAGAAACCAGCUCUAACACGGCCAAACUUCCCUCCACCACAGCAACCGAAAGCCAACCUGCCAUGGACAUCGAGCCCCAUGUGUGCCCCCUUAACCCUGCCAGUGGAUGAGAAAGGAGGUCUCACCCGCAGAGUCAGCACCGAUCCUGCCUGGGGCUUAUCAAUGAACUCUCCUGCUGGAGCUGCCCUCUCAGCGCCAGCAGAUGACAAAGCCAUCACCAUUCGGCGAGCCACUACAGGCUCAGCGCGGGCACCAUCCAUGCCCCCUCCUCCUGUCCCUCACAUCCACCAGCGAGCUUCCAGCAUGGAUUCAACCUAUUCCAAAGCGGUCGCCCAGCAGGGAGUUCCUGGGGGCCCAGUCAGGGAACUACAGAGGACCACUGCUGAAAUGACGCCCCCUCAACCUCGCUGCUACCAGGUUGAGUGGAACCAACUGCCUCAGCCAUUGCCCCGAAGUCGGGUUUAUUCCGUCAACCCAACCAUGCUUUCGAGAGUGAAUUCGGAGGUGAAUGGAUCUUCCUCUGGGGAGAAAUGUGGAUCCCAGCAGCAGCUGCCACCAGCAACAACAGAGGACAUGAAUGAGCAAUGCUGAUUCCAAAAUUCAAAUGUGGGAUGGGCCAGCAGCAGAGGUCAAGACCUGGAUAGUUCACUGGCAAGCCCUUUCAUUGGUCAGUAGCAGAGGUCACGACCUGGACAUUUCAUUGGGUAGCCCUUUGAUCAACAAUGCCUGACAAGAGGAUGUCAGAAUUUUGUAUCUUCCUUUUUGAUUGGCCAGUUCUCGUCCAAUCAAGAGAGGAGGAUCCUGUUGCCACAGGCAAUAGGUUGAAAAAGAAAUGUAAAUAGUACUGGAGAUUGGAGAUCACAACAGGGGAGGUUGGUGAGACACCACAGAUCUAACAACAUCUGCGCCAAAAACAAGCUUGAAAAUUUGGCCAAGGGGGGUUGACGUGGAAUGUUCCAGGUCUGCACAGGUGCCCCCUCCAACUGUAAAUGACCCCUGUAUUGGUAUGAAGCGAUGGAGAGCGGUGGAGCUCCCAGAGAUGAUCCUGAGACCUGGGCCAUUUGCUGAUCACACUCAGCAAUCCAGAAAAGAGCAAACUUUCUGUGGUGCCUUUUGCAACCUCAGGACAUUCCAAAACACUUUACAACCAAUAGCGUAUGUUUUCUAAAGUGAUAUAAUGUAGGAAACGGGGAAACCAAUUUAGAUUUAGAUUUUAUUGUCAGGUGUACAGAAGCAGCAGUACCACCAACGCUGCCUGUGCAAGAUCCUGUGAAUGCACUGGGAAUAAAUACUCACUAACCCCAGUGUCCUCGACCAGGCCAACAUCCCCAGCAUUGAGGCACUGACCCCGCCCUUGAUUGGCUGCAAUGGGCCGGGCAUGUCGUCCACAUGACCGACGAGACUCCCCCAAGCAGGUGCUCUACUCCCAGUUCCGAAACAGCAAGAGGACAGAGGAAGUGGUUCAGAGAUACCCUCAAGGCCUCACUGGCGAAGUGCAGCAUUCCCAUGGACACCUGGGAAUCGCUGGCCCAAGUCCAUCCAAAGUGGAAGAGGAGCAUCGGGGAAGAUGUUGGGCACCUCGAAACUCACCAUUGGGAAAAAACGGAAGCUGGGCAAUAACAGCGUAAGGAGUGAUACCCCACCCACCCUUUCCUGUAACCACCCUCUGCCCCUAGUGUAACAGAGCCUGCGGUAGCCACAUCGAUCUGUACAGCCACAUACAGACUCACACAGGGAGUGGAAGAGAAUUAUCCUCAUCUGCGUGGGAGCGUCAGUGAUGGUGAUGACGACGACGAUGACAGGAGUACAGUGGAAAGUGGGAAGUCGCCAUUCUGCAGUGUACAAAAAGACAGGAUUAAAAACAGAAGUGGAAUUAAAAGGAACAAACAAAAGAAAAGGAAACGUCUGGAUCACUCCCCAGCCUCCGCCACCAGAAAAACAAAGUCCAUCCCUCAGUCUGCGAACACUCAGAUGCCCCAUGUUCCCCACACACCACCACAGCUGGCACGCCACCAUCUCCGCUGUCAGGUACCUAGGUACACACAGUAAACCGUAUUCUAUUUUUGCGAUGUUGGUUGAGAUAUACAACUCCGGGAAUAACUCCCAGGCUCCCCUUUGAAAGAGUGCCCUGAACACUGGGAUGGAUGCUCACUAUAAGGCCUCACCUGAAA